ACGACUCGCUCAGCUGCGUGGCGGAGACAGCUCAUACCAAGGGCCCGAGGUAGGCUACUGUAUUUAGGUAGACUGGGCUAUUAAAACGCUGUUCACCUCCUCAUAUGAUAUCUGCAGAAUCUCCUGUCUGAGGUGCAAUGGCUCGGAAGACUGACAUUCCUCCUUCAUACUAUGGUGAGCCACGCAAGUUUGACCCGGGCUUCAGAGGACCUAUCCAUAACAGGGGCUGCACGGAUGUGGUGUGCUGUGUCGUAUUCGUCAUCUUCAUCCUCGGCUACAUCGCUCUGGGCACCGUGGCCUGGAUCCAUGGCGACCCCAGGAAGGUGGUCUACCCCACCGACAGCCACGGACAGUUCUGUGGACAGCAGGGGACCCCCAACGCCAACAAAGCCAUAUUAUUCUACUUCAACAUAUUGCAAUGUGCCAAUCCUGCCGUUCUCAUUAACCUCCAGUGCCCUACAACCCAGCUCUGCGUCUCCAAGUGCCCAGACAGAUUUGCAACAUACCUCGACAUGCAAUACAACUACAGGUACAACAAGAGCUACUGGGAGUAUUACAGGCAGUUCUGCAAGCCGGGCUUCGACAAUCCAAGAAAGUCCGUUGCACAAGUCUUGAGAGAUGAGGACUGCCCUUCCAUGAUAGUGCCAAGCAGACCUUUCCUCCAGCGGUGCUUCCCAGACUUCAUCACCAGGAACGGGACGCUAACUGUCGCCAACAAGACAGUCUUCAAAGACGGCUUAGGUAAAACAAGGAGCGUGAUCGAUCUCCGAGACGCUGCCAAGGAUUCUAACUUGGAACCCAGAGUCAACUGGACAGCUAUUGCAGGUGGCAUUACCAGUCUGCUAGACGCCAAGGAGGUUGGCAUGAAGAUCUUUGAGGACUAUGCCAACUCUUGGUACUGGAUCUUAAUAGGUCUGGUGAUAACCAUGGUGGUCAGUCUGGCCUUUAUCCUGCUGCUGCGGUUCACAGCCGGAGUGCUCCUGUGGCUCACCAUCUUCGGAGUCAUCGCUGUGGUGGGCUACGGGAUCUGGCACUGCUACUGGGAGUUCAGUACACUGAGAGGGAAGCCGCACGGGGAUGGUGACGUCACCAUCUCUGACAUCGGCUUUCAGACGGACUUCCGAGUCUACCUGCAGCUCAGUCAGACCUGGCUCAUCUUCAUGAUCUGCCUGUCGGUCAUUGAGGCGGUCAUCAUAAUAAUCCUGAUAUUCCUGAGGAGGAGAGUACGCAUUGCCAUCGCUCUGCUGAAGGAGGGGAGCAGGGCCAUUGGCUACAUCAUGUCCACUCUCUUCUACCCGAUCAUCACUUUUGUGCUGCUGGCCAUCUGCAUAGCUUACUGGGCGGUCACUGCUGUCUUCUUGGCGUCUUCCGGCGAUGCUGUCUACAAGGUCAUGUCGACGCCAGACAAAUGCGUGUAUGCCAACCUCACCUGUGAUCCAGAGACCUUCAGUCAGACCAACGUGACCAAGGUGUGCCCUGGCUCCCAGUGCACCUUUGCCUUCUACGGCGGCGAGAGCCUCUACCACCGCUACAUAUUUGUGCUGCAGCUGUGUAACCUGCUGGUGUUCCUGUGGCUGGUCAACUUCACCAUCGCCCUGGGACAAUGCACCCUGGCCGGGGCCUUCGCCUCCUACUACUGGGCCCUGAGGAAGCCCCAGGAUAUACCAUCCUGUCCACUGUUCUCCUCCUUCAGUAGGGCUGUAAGGUACCACACAGGCUCUCUGGCGUUUGGAUCUCUGAUUCUGGCUGUAGUGCAGAUGUUCCGCAUUGUUCUGGAGUAUCUGGAUCACAAACUCAAAGGUGCGCACAAUGCUUUUGCCCGCUUCCUGAUUUGCUGUCUCAAAUGCUGCUUCUGGUGCCUGGAACAUUUCAUCAAAUUCAUGAACAGGAACGCCUACAUCAUGAUCGCGAUAUAUGGGAAGAACUUCUGCACCUCGGCUAAGGAUGCUUUCUUCCUCCUGAUGAGGAACGUAGUGAGGGUGGCAGUGCUGGACAAGGUGACAGACUUUCUGCUCUUCUUGGGAAAAGUGCUUAUUUCAGGAAGUGUUGGUGUUCUAGCAUUCUUCUUCUUCACCCGUAAGAUACCAGUUAUUCAAGAAGAAGUGCCAUCACUAAAUUACUACUGGGUCCCCCUGCUGACGGUGAUAUUUGGAUCCUACCUGAUUGCCCAUGGCUUCUUCAAUGUCUAUGCUAUGUGUGUGGACACCUUAUUCCUUUGUUUCUUGGUGGAUCUGGAGGUGAACAGCGGCUCUGCUGCCAGACCUUUCUACAUGAGCAGCACCCUGAGACAAAUUCUCGACAAGAAGAACAGCAAGAGGAGGAAAGACAAGCGAGAGCGGGGAAGAUGAGAAGAGAGGAACGGAUACAGGGUGACUGGAGGAGACCGAGGCAGGAGAGGUGAUGACGGUUUGGGGGGAAGGCACCGGUGCAUGAUGUAGAGAUGGAAGACAAGACUAUUCUAAUCCUGGUCCAUAUUGUACCUGAUACCAUUAUUAUUAUGCUUUUGGACAUAAUAUGUGAAUUGUCUUAUCUUGCCUUACAGUACUUGGAUGUACUAACAAACUAUCACCACGAAUGCACAAUGACAACCGUGCAGUUAGCUUAACUGUGGCCAAAUCGUGCAUUUAAAGGCAAUUGCAAGUUCUUGGUUUUACCAAUGUACUGUGAAGCACAUACUUGAGGGAACAGCGACGUGUACAUUUGUGUAAUAAUAUUUUGCACCACAUGCUUCCUGUCAGCAGGCCCAUGUCACUCUGUAUGCAGGAACUCAAACCAGCCACAAGAUGGCACUCUUAAGGUGGACAUCUUAAAGGUCCAGUACAGCGGUUUUUAAUCGUGAUAUCAAAUCAUGUCUGGGUAACAAUUUAGGUAUGUUAUUGUGGUUUCAAUUAAAGUGGUCAAAGAGAAACAAAAAUAGCUUCUUAGCGAAAGAGCAACUUCUCAAGCAAGAAUUAUGCUAGGACUGUCUGGGACUGGUCUGAGUCGGGAGGGGGAAACCAGCUUUUAUUGGCAGAGAUGUUAGGAACUCUCGUUCUUAUUGGUCUAUUAGCUCAUUUGUCACCUGGUGGUGUCACCAGGCAGGCCAGAACUCCAUCCCACCAAAACAGGAAAUAUAAAUGUUGAUUUGCACUGGGCCUUUUAAGAAACCUCCCAGGAGGUUACACCAAGACAGCUGAGUGAAGGGCUGCUUGGGUUAAUACUGUACAUGAAAUGUCCGUCGUUACCAUGUAUAAUUAUGCUCUUCAAGCUCCUUGGAGCACUAACUUUUAUUUUCUCCUAUUGAGAAAGCUAUUUGCCAUACAUUGUCCAUUGUGCUAAUGUCUCGUUGUAGCAACCUUCUAACUUGUCCAAUUGUAAGAAUGUUAUAGCCCUACAAUUAGGUGCUUCAGUAAGUGCCAAAGAGCAACGGAAAUCAGCAGGAAUGCAGCGUCGAGGACCCUUACCUGUAUGUAUUGGAUUCUAGCCACCGUUGACCAUAAAUCACAGUGUUACAAAUGAUGUUUCCCUCUUGUAUGCCAUUCAAAGUUUUUGGUCUAAGGUCUUCGUCCCAUUCCUUCUUUGUGCAGCAGCACUGUGGGGACAGAUCAUGUGCCAUUACUACGUCUGUCCCAUAGUGGCAUCACUGCCAGUAUUAGAGCUGGAGCAUCCUUUCCUACUGGUAUACAGUACAGUAGCACAUGCCCAUACAUGCACACGCCAAUACCAUUUUUGUUAUUGAACUUCGACCUGUGUAAGGGCACAACAACUUUAUGAUCGUGUAAAUAUGGAAGUAAUGCACAUCCGAUAAUAAUUUGAAUGGAUUACUACAGGCGUCUGUGUUUUCUUCUCUCCCUGUUAUUGCCAUGAAAGAACAGUCCCGCUUUAAUGCAACGAUGCCAAUAAACUAUCUAUGCCUAUGCUAUAGUAUGUACAGUGCCUUCAGACAAUAUUCACUUCCCUUGACUUCUUCCACAUUAUGUUGUGUUACAAAGUGGGAUUCAAAUGGAUUUAAUUGUCAUUUUUGUCAACGAUCUACACUAAAUAAUCAGUAAGUGAAAGAAAAUUUUGAGAGAAUGCCAAGAGUCUGCAAAGCUGUCAUCAAGGAAAUGGGUGGCUACUUUGAUAUCAAAUAUAUCUUGUUUUGUUUAACACUUUUUUUGUGGUUACUACAUGAUUCCAUAUGUGUUAUAUCAUAGUUUUGACAUCUUCACUAUUAUUCUACAAUGUAGAAAAUAGUCAAAUAAAAGAAACUCUUGCAUGAGUAGGCGUAUCCAAACUUUUGACUGGUCCUGUAAGUGAAUUAUUGCAGACAGGAUGCAUGUUUUGUAAUAUUUUUUUAUUCUGUACAGGCUUCCUUUUCACUGUCAUUUAGGUUAGUAUUGUGGAGUAACUACGAUUUUCUCCUAUCACAGCCAUUAAACUCUGUAACUGUUUUAAAGUCACCAUUGGCCUCAUGGUAAAUUUCCUAGCGAUUUCCUUCCUCUCCGGCCACUGAGUUAGGAAGGAGGCCUGUAUCUUUGUAGUGACUGGGUUUAUUGAUACAUCAUCCAAAGUGUAAUGAUUAAUUGCACCAUGCUAAAAGAGAUAUUCAAUCUACCAAUAGGUGCCCUUCUAUGCCUGGCAUUGGAAAACCUCCCUAGUCUUUGUGAUUGAAUCUGUGUUUUAAAAUUCACUGCUCGACUGAGGGAUCUUCAAGAUAAUUGAACGUUGGGGUACAGAGAUGAGGUAAUCAUUAAAGUACAUUUUUACUCCUGAACUUUUUAGUUUUGCCAUAAGAGGUUGAGUACUUAUUGACUCAAGACAUUUCAGCUUUUCAUUUUUUAUUAAUUUGUAAACAUUUGUAAAAACACAAGUCCAAUUUGACAUUAUGGGGUAUUGUGUGUAAGCCAGUCAAUUUGACAUUCCGGCUGUAACACAACAAAAUGUGGAAAAGGCAAGGGGUGUGAAUACGCUCUGAAGGCACUGUACAAGAUGACAGAAGAAUAUACCGUCUGUAGAGUCAUAUCUUUCUACUCACCCGUUCAUUUCCAUCGCCGUCUGGUAGAACACUACCUUUUAAUAAAUCGGGCGAGGUCAAUAAGAGGAAUCCCUCCCUCUUUGGGAUGUGAAUUAUUUUUGCUUUACCACCGUCAACGAGUAGACGCACGUAAAAGCUCACGGUUAGUGUGUGCCUUAUAUUCCCCUCUACCUCUCAAGGACGUCACGUGGACGGAUCACAAACAGCACGGCGCCAAAAGACUCAGAGUGCCGGACAUGUCUGUGACUGAUGCAUACACUAUGCCUACUGUAUCUUCUCUCAAAUGGUAGAUUCCUAACUUUGUUCAGUGAUGUUUUUUUUAUGUAAAGAAUUUUGCAUAUCUAUGCUUUAUUUUAAACAACAGUGAGUAUGUAUGAAUGUUUGGACUGUAUAUAAGCAUAUUAUUUAAUAACAAGAAUAUUUGAUUGGGGUUUGCUUUUUUUCUUUUUUUUGUGAAAUUGAUGCUAAUCAACCAUUGGUGCCUUAUUGAAUAUAUAGAGGGGCCUUCCAUGCCAUGUAUCAAUCUCAAAAAAUGUACAUUACAUUUAUGACGUUUAGUCCAUUUUCCCCGUUUAGCUCGGCUUCAUUGUGGUUGUUGUUGUGAGUCGAAACUGGUCACUAUUCUAUAAAGUCAUUUUGUCAAUAGACAUUUAUUUUCUUAAUCACAUACAAUAAAUACAUGAAACAACAAUUUAAAA